UUAAAAUGUAAAUGACUUGAUUGUUUUGUAAUGAGGAAUAAGUUGAAUUGUCAAUGGGAAUGUGGAAGUGCUUCGUGCUUGUGUAGAGGAGAUUUGAGGAUUUAAGGAUAAAAUGGAAUGUUCACGGAAUGAGUGUUGAAUUAAGGAUAUCAAGUUUCUUUGAUUAUUCAU